CGACUUUUGUUCGAAAUCCCGAUCCGACGAGUCGUCAGCUCUGUCCUUCGUUUGGUGAAAAUAUAUUAGUCUUGAAAUUCUGCCUAGUUUUGCCUGUCAAGUGUAAUUACUCAAUACAUUUAGUUAGAACAUGUCAGCGAACGACGAAUUAGUUGCCAAUUUCCGGGAAGUAACUGGGAUUGAUGAACAAAGAGCUCGUUUUUACCUAGAGUCAUCCGGUUGGCAAUUAGAAACAGCCCUUGCCAGCUUCUUUGAAAAUGAUGGAGCUAUGGACAGGCAAGCUGGAGAUGGAGAAGAUGAACCUGUUGAAGUUCCUUCAAACCAACUUCCAGAGCCCCCAUCAAGGGGUGCUGCUGCUGUCCAUAAACUUGUAGAAAUGAAUAGUUCUUCUGAUUCGGAUGAAGAGGGCCAAGCUUUUUAUGUUGGAGGUUCUGAGAGAAGUGGUCAGCAAGUCAUUGGUCCACCACGUAACAAGGGAAAGCCUUCUGGAGAUCUCAUUGGAGACAUGUUCAAAUCAGCCAGAGAGCAUGGAGCAGAAGUUUUGGAAAAGGGGGCCUCAACCUCAACCAAGGGUAAUCAAACAUUUAAAGGAACUGGAUAUCGUCUAGGGCAGAGUGAAGAGGAUACACAAGUCAUACCAGGCGCACGACAGCCUGAACAACCUAGGACCGUUGUGCUAAAAUUAUGGAAAACCGGCUUCAGUUUAGAUGAGGGUCCAGUGAGAGACUACCAAAAUCCGGCAAACAAGGACUUCCUUGAAUACAUCAAACGCGGAGAAGUACCCAUGGAGUUGAUCCGUGAAUCUCGCGGUCGUGAAGUGCAUUUGCAAAUGGAAGACCACCGCACUGAAGAAUUCAUCAGUAAGAAGAUGCGUUUCCAAGCUUUUGGAGGUGAAGGACAAGUAUUAGGAAAUCCAGCCCCGUCGGUUUCUCAAAAUGUUGCAGCUUCUGCCGUCGCGCCAACAGAUUUAGCGGCGUGUGAACAGAAAGCCAUUGUGGAACUUAAAUUGGUUGAGUCUGAACCAGCUAGUAAUGUGCAGAUUCGUUUGGCUGACGGCUCCAGAUUGAUCGGUCGUUUUAACCACACACAUACUGUAGGGGAAGUCAGACAAUACAUCACCACUGCUCGUCCUCAAUAUAACGUCCAAGCGUUUGCUCUGUUAACUACUUACCCGAGUCAAGAGCUGAAAGACGAUGAUGUAACUUUAAAAGACGCUUCACUUGUUGGAGGUACCAUAAUGCAACGUCUGAAAUGAAUUUGUAUUUUUCUGUCGUAAAUUCAUGUUCAACGUUCGGAUUGGCAUGUUCAUAAUACAUUGUUUUCAACAUCAA